AUGGCUCGAAAGUACCUUGGCGGAAGCGGUGAUGCACUUACUGUUUGGAUCUCGAUUGCUGCAUCCACCGUUCUCAUCUUCUACGGCUACGAUCAAGAUAACCACCCACGCGUUUUCGGCAACGUGAUCAUCAGUGAGGACUUCCUCGAGACCUUCGGCCACCCGUCUGCCAAUACUCAGGGUACCAUGACAUCUAUAUAUAACAUAGGGUGCUUCAUCGGUGCCAUGAGCACUAUCUUGACCGGUGACUACCUUGGUCGUCCUCGGCAGAUCCUUGUCGGCAGCACGGUCAUUGCGAUCGGAGCCAUCAUUCAAACUGCCAGUUAUGGUGUUCCUCAGAUGAUGGUUGGUCGAGUUGUCGCUGGUCUUGGAACGGGAAUGAAUACCUCUACAGCAGGCGUCUGGCAAGCGGAAACCAGCAGGAUGAGCUCUAGAGGAAAGCUGGUCAUCAUUCAAAUGGCAAACUGCAUCACGGGCUUCUCGAUCUCCAACUGGCUCACUCUGGGGUUCUCCUUUGCUCCACGCGAUGUGGCAUGGAGGUUCCCGCUGGCCUUCCAGAUCUUCUUCACCCUAUGCAUCUAUGCAAUGUGUCCGUUCCUUCCCGAUAGCCCUCGCUUGCUAAUCAGGAAAGGAAAGUUCGAGGAGGCUACUGAGGUCAUAGCCGCUUUGCAAGGCAAUGGAGCCACUCCGGACUCUUCUUCGGUCCGAGCCCAGUUCGACAUUAUCAAAGACGUUCUCGACAAGGAACAUCUCAACACCUACACCUGGUGGCAACUCAUAUCUGGGCGAGGACCCGCCGGUGUCCUUCGGAGAAUGAUUCUCGGUGCAGCAAUGCAAUGCAUGAAUCAAAGUAUUCACACUCAUAGCCUUUUCAACAACUACAUGAGUUACAUCUUCAUCAACGCCUUGGGCAUCUCUCCGCUCCUCUCGCGAGUCCUCGCAGCCUGCGGCUCAGUCGACUACCUGAUCUUCGCAUGCCUAGCCUACUUCGUCAUCGAACGCUUUGGACGGCGCAAGGUCAUGAUGAGUAGCGCAGCUGCGUGCUCCAUCUGCUGGGUUUGCAUUGCCAUAGCACAAGGCCUGGAGGAGAAGGGCGGCAACAGCUACGUCCUCGGCUCCGUGGCUGUUGCUUUCUUCUUCGCAUUCUUUGCUUCCUUCGGUAUGGGCGUCUUGGGCGUUCCAUGGCUGUAUCCCACCGAGAUCAACGCCUUGGAAAUGCGCACCAAAGGCGCCAGUCUAGCCAUGGCGACCAAUUGGAUCUGCAACUACGCCGUUGUCCAAGCUACACUUCCAGGCAUUGAGAAUCUGGGUUACAAAUUCUGGAUCGUGUGGGCGGUCAUCUGUGCUGCGUUCAUUCCAGUCACAUACCUCUUCUAUCCCGAAACAGCGAACAGGUCUCUCGAGGACAUCGAUCGAUUCUUUGCAUCGGGACCCGGUGUCGUUGUUUGCAGGAAUAAGCUGGCGACGCAGUUGAAUCGGCCGCAGAUAUACUACGAGGAAGAUGAGAAGUUUGAGCAGGCUGCUGAGAAGGAUGGCCGACAGAAGAGCCUUGAGAAGGGAGAUGGCAGCGUGAUGGUGGAGAAGGUCGCCAUCUGA